UGGUACCAAGUUCAAAAUUCAAAUUCACAUCAUUGUUAAUAGUUUUUUUAUUGCAUCAGCUACAGCAGCAUUAGAGAAUGUCAAGUUUGAGUUUUCUGAAUUUCCAAAAUGGCCUUUCGAGGAAGGUCUCACUGAAACCAACCCAAUCAAGCCUCUCCAAACAGAGACAAAGCCCUAGCUUCUCAAAGGUUUUCCAGCCAAAUGUAGAAGAAAUGAAAGGGGUGUUCAACAAAUUCGACAUCAAUAAAGACGGGAAGAUCUCUCGCGAAGAGUACAAGUUAGCACUGAGGGCACUGGGGAGAGGAAACGAGGGGAGUGAAGUGUCCAAGGUGUUUGAGGCCAUUGACACUGACGGAGAUGGAUUCAUCGACUUCAAAGAGUUCAUGGAAGUGCAUAACCGGGGAGGUGGGGUGAAGACGAGUGAUAUUCAGAGGGCGUUUCGCGUGUUUGAUUUGGAUGGAAAUGGGAAGAUAAGCGCAGAGGAACUGCUGGAGGUUAUGAGGAAGCUGGGAGAGAGGUGCAGCUUGGAGGCGUGUCGUAAAAUGGUGAGAGGAGUGGACACUGAUGGGGAUGGACUGAUCGACAUGGAUGAGUUUAUGAGCAUGAUGACAAACACCAUGAAGCUGUCUUAGAGUUUUCAUGCUUAUUUUUGGAAGUUACAUCUUUAGAUUGUUAUGUUGCACCUGUUUUUUUUUUUUUUUUUUUUUUUUCAACCAUCAAUAUUGGUGUUUAAAUUUGAUAAAACGUUUCUAUAAAUUAGUACUAAAUGCUUGAAAGACCGUUUUGGCUUUUCUAUUCCA